AGUAGUAAUAGCUCCACUCGGUUGUCUUUGGAGAGCAGGACGCGCACUGACGGGAUCAUCAUGGCACCGCUGGGACUAAAAGCCAUUGUUGGAGAAAAGAUAAUGAACAACGUCAUCAAGAAGGCAAGAGAAAAAGGAAAAUGGAAGGUUUUGGUGGUGGACAAGCUGAGCAUGAGGAUGGUGUCCUCCUGCUGUAAGAUGACAGACAUCAUGUCUGAGGGAAUCACUAUUGUCGAAGAUAUAACAAAGCGGCGUGAACCUCUGCCCAGCAUGGAGGCCAUCUACCUGAUCACACCCUCAGACGAGUCUGUCGAGGGUGUGAUUGAGGACUUCAGAGACCCUCGGACUCCGAGGUACAAAGCCGCCCACGUCUUCUUCACUGACACAAUCCCAGACUCUUUGUUUGGACUCUUGACCAAAUCCCGCGCUUCUAAAGCGAUGAAGGCCUUGACUGAGAUCCACAUAGCCUUCCUGCCCUAUGAGUCUCAGGUCUUCUCCCUGGAUAAAGUGGAUGCUUUCCAGGACUUCUACAGCCCCUUCAAGGCUGACGUGAAGAAUAACAUGUUGGAGCGUUGUGCUGAACAGAUCGCCACCCUCUGUGCCACGCUGAAAGAGUAUCCAGGAGUUCGAUACAGAGGGGACUACAAAGACUGUGCAGUUCUGGCUCAGAUGCUUCAGGAGAAGUUGGAUGGCUACAAAGCUGAUGACCCCACCUUGGGAGAGGGUCCCGAUAAGUCUCGCACUCAGCUGCUCAUUCUGGACCGAGGCUUUGACCCCGUGUCACCUCUCCUGCAUGAGCUCACACUGCAAGCCAUGGCCUACGACUUACUGGGAGUCGAGGAUGAUGUUUACAGGUUUGAGACCAGCGGGAUGGGAGAAACCAGGAUGAAGGAGGUAGUGCUGGACGAGGAUGACGAUCUGUGGCUGAGUCUGAGACAUAAGCACAUCGCUGAGGUGUCGACAGCUGUGACUCGCUCACUCAAGGAAUUCUCUGCCAGCAAAAAGAUGAACACUGGAGAAAAGACCACCAUGAAGGAACUCUCGCAGAUGCUGAAGAAGAUGCCUCAGUAUCAGAAAGAGCUCAGCAAGUAUUCAACCCACCUCCACCUGGCUGAGGACUGUAUGAACCGCUACCAGGGCACCGUGGACAAACUUUGCCGUGUGGAACAGGAUCUCGCAAUGGGAACAGAUGCAGAAGGUGAGAAGAUCAAGGAUCCCAUGAGGCUCAUUGUCCCCAUUCUGCUGGAUGCCAAUGUCAAUGUGUCCGACAAGAUCCGCAUCAUCCUGCUCUACAUCUUCCUUAAGAAUGGUGUGACUGAGGAGAACCUGUGUAAGCUCCUGCAGCAUGCUAACAUCCCACCGGAGGACAGUGACAUCAUUUCCAACAUGGCCCACAUGGGUGUUCCCAUUAUCUCUGAGUAUCCACCAUGUGGUUUGGGGACAAGCAUGAAGCUCCUUGCAGCUGCCUCGGCAAUGAAGGUGGAGAACAUGGUUCCCAGCCUCCCUCGGAAAGCUGCCAAAGUUCUGCUGGAGGUGGAAGUUGAAGAUCUCUGGAACAGGGCGCCACCCACAUCCUCACCCCGCCAAAAUAUUUAA